CCGGUGUUCCCACCGUGCGGGACCAGGGGAGACACCCUCCCCUUUGUGGUGCCAUGCGGCCGACAGCAUCCUGCUCCCCUUGGAUGCGCUGUAUGCUGGGGGGGCCUGGAGGCCAGUCCCCUGCUGCCCCUGUGUGCUCAUCCUCCUGUUCUCUUCGCAGACUGCAGCCAGCCCCUGGACGUGGCCCUCCUCCUGGACGGCUCCUCCAGCUUCCCCGCUUCUUACUUUGAGGAGAUGAAGAGUUUUGCCAAGGCUUUCAUUUCAAGAGCUAAUAUAGGUCCCCAGCUCACGCAGGUCUCUGUGCUGCAGUAUGGGAGUACCACCACCGCUGCUGUGCCGUGGAACGUGGCCUAUGAGAAGGCCCAUCUCCUGAGCCACGUGGACCUCAUGCAGCGGGAGGGAGGCCUCAGCCACAUCGGGGAUGCUUUGGACUAUGCUGUGCGCUAUGUCACCUCAGAAGUGCACGGUGCCAGGCCUGGAGCCUCGAAGGCUGUGGUCAUCCUAGUCACGGAUGUCUCCGCGGAUACGGUGGAUGCUGCAGCCGAUGCCGCCACAUCCAACCGUAAGUGUCCAGUGUACGACCCCGUGACUCUCCUAAACCACCAGAGGACUGAAAGUGGGCUGGGGCUGGGGGUGCUUUUGGGUGGACUGGGUGAUUGUGAGUGCUACAGGGCCACCUGUGGCCUGGUUUCAAACAGCAGGAAGUGGCCCAAUCCCCGUGUUACUUAGAAACCAAACAGUAACAAAUAUGCGUUUGUCCUUCGUUGGUCUGCGUGCUUUCGGCUGUCACCUGUAAUUCCCCACAUUUUCCCUUUGUGUCCAGGGCUGGGUCAGA